AUGCCAAUGAUGAUGAAAGUUGAGAUCUUGUGCAGAGAGCUCAUUAAGCCACACACAGCUACUCCACCAAGCUUUCGCAACUACAAUAUUUCAUUAAUCGAUGAAGUCUCUCCCAAUAUGAAUGUUCCCACCAUUUUCUACUUCUCAGCUCCUGAUCAUCCGGAUACAAAUAUUAUUACGAAUAUUAAGAGUACCGAUCCAGAUACAAAUAUUAAGAGUACUGGUCCGGAUACAAAUAUUAUUACGAAUAUUAAGAGUACUGGUCCGGAUACAAAUAUUAAGAGUAUUCCGUCAGUGUACGAACACUUGAAGAAUUCGCUCUCGAAGGUGCUGUCGAAUUUUCAUCCUUUUGCUGGAAGGUACAAUGUGGAGACUCACUCCGUUGAUUGUAGCGAUCAAGGCGCUGAGUUCGUGGAAGCCAAGGUUGAUAUUCGGCUCGACGAUCUUCUCAACCACCGAAAGGACUUGAAAAUCGAGUUGCUGAAUGAUUUUCUUCCGUGCCCUUUAGGUGCAGUUGACGAGUACACGGAUCCUUUACUUGCAGUUCAAGUCAAUGCCUUCAGUUGCGGUGGAUUUGCUGUCGCAGUCUGUAUUUCACACAGGAUUGCUGACAUUACGACGAUAACGUCGUUCGUCAAGGCCUGGGCUGUUGCUGCGAAACAAGAGCUCGGGGAUGUUGACAAAAGCUAUGUGCCGAUGGCCUGGAGCUUCGACUCGGCUUCGCUGUUGCCGGGGCAGAACUUGCCUUGUCUACCCUCAGGACUAACAAGGGAGAAAGAAAACAUCGAAAUUCAUAAGAUGGUCACGAAGAUUUUUUAUUUUAGUGAUUGUAAGAUUUCGAGCAUUCGAGAAAAGGCCAAAGGAGAGGGCUCUAGCAAGAAUUCACCUACAAGAGUGCAGUCUGUGUUCGGAGUAAUAGCGAAGGCCAUUAUUGAUAUCCAUGUAGCCAACCCGGAGAAUCCCAAGGGGUAUGUUGUUGUCGAAGCAGUGAAUAUGAGAGGGAGAACAGUCCCCCCUCUUCCGAAAAAUCAAUUCGGAAAUAUGUACCUAGCCGCCUGUGUUCAAUCCGUUGCAGGUCCCGAAGGCGUGGAGCUUCCGUGUAUUGUUGAUCAGCUUUCCAGCUCUGUCAAGAGAGCCGUCGAUGCCUGUGGCGUGGUACUAUCACUAGACAAGGAGGGACAGACGAUGCUAAGUCAGGAAUUGGGCGAGAUGCUUAAAAGUCUUUUUAGUCCUGAUGUUUAUUUUGCCGGGACGUUUAGCAGCUGGUGUAACUUUUCGCUCUAUGAAGCGGAUUUUGGAUAUGGAAAGCCUGUGUGGGUGAGUAUUGCCAACAUCCCCAUGAAAAAUUCAGUAGUCUUGGUUGAUGAGAAAUCCGGGGGAGGGAUCGACGCGUGGGUGACUUUGGAUGAGAGUGACAUGCAGAAGUUCAUAAAGCAUUGCGACAUCAGAGAUGUGGUGGACUGUAAUUAG